AAGGCAUGCGCGUGCACGUCACCGAGGUUGUCACGCGGGGACUCCAGGAGGAAGUGAAAGACGGAAGGAGAGCGAACAAGAAUUAAGAUACAAAUACAAAUGAUUAAAGCCAGGCGAAUUUAGCAGCUUUUUAUUUGACACUAGUUUCAAGCGAGACACGUGUAUUGCAAUUGGACAUCAUCCCAGUACUUUAAGUCCUUUUAGGGCCUGGGGAAAUAAUCUGCUCUUGAAGAGGAGAUAAAACCAAAAGAGACAGGUAGUAUGGCAUCCAGAAAGAAGGUUCUUCUAAAAGUCAUCAUACUUGGGGACUCAGGUGUUGGAAAGACAUCUUUAAUGAACCAGUAUGUUAACAAGAAAUUCAGCAAUCAGUACAAAGCUACAAUAGGAGCUGACUUUCUUACAAAGGAGGUGAUGAUUGAGGACCGACUUGUUACUUUGCAGAUUUGGGACACAGCUGGACAGGAAAGGUUUCAGUCUCUGGGGGUGGCAUUUUAUCGGGGUGCAGACUGUUGUGUGAUGGUAUUUGAUGUUACUGCUCCAAACACAUUUAAGACCCUGGACUCCUGGAGAGAUGAGUUUUUGAUUCAGGCCAGUCCUCGUGACCCAGACAACUUUCCUUUUCUGGUCUUAGGCAACAAGAUCGACCUGGAAAACAGACAGGUGACAACAAAGCGAGCACAGGCAUGGUGUCAGAGUAAAAACAACAUUCCUUACUUCGAGACCAGUGCAAAAGAGGCUAUCAAUGUUGAACAAGCCUUUCAAACCAUUGCACGAAAUGCUCUUAAACAGGAAACAGAGGUAGAACUCUAUAAUGAAUUUCCAGAUCAGAUUAAGUUGGAGAGGAAUGACGGCUCCAACUCCUCGGGAUCACAGUGCAGCUGCUAGCACCUGUGUACAUAGACACUAACAAGCUCUGUUAAACAAACAUAGAUUUGCACAGUCUUUUUUGAAUUUUUUUUUAAUAAACACACACACACACACACACACACACACACACACACACACACACACA